CACACAUGCACACGCACACACACACACACACAUACACACACUUACCCAGCCUACUAUCUAUCCGUCCGUCCAUCGCCUAUCCAUCCUUCACACCCUCUCCCAGGACGCGCGCAGUCCCCCCCCCCCUCCCUCCCCUCCUCCUCCCCUCCCAUCUUCCUCACCUCACCCCGCCAGGUCCUCCUGACUGCAGCUGUUUGGGUUAACCGGGGAGGCGCGAGGCAGGAUGCGCGAUGGGACAAGCGUGCGGACACGCGCUCCUCUGCCGUAGCCAGCCGCCGUCCUCCGAGAUACGCGGUCAGCAAGUGUUUCUGCGUCCUGAGGAGAGUUCAGCUCCAGCCCUGACUACCAGACAGUCCACCACAUUGUCUGAACAACUCCAGGAUGCUUUGCUGCGGCUGGCGGCCGUUGUUGACUCGCGCUCGCUGCGAGUGGCCCUUCGAGACAGCAUACAGGAGCUGCUACCCAGCACGGAGUGUGUAUGCGUCUACACGCUGGAGGGAGACUCGAGGCUGCUAUCUGAAGACCCACCACAUGAACUACCACAGGAGGGAAAGAUCAGGACUAUCGUGGACCAGCUGAAGCGGUGUCAGUGUGCCGGCCUUCCUUCGUCCGAACUACCAGAAAAAUACAGAAUCUGCCUUGCAGCACCAUUACCAGCACACAGAAGAGCUAUUGUUAUUCCUAUCUUGAACCAGGAGUGGGAGAAGGCCAUCGCUGUCUUACUGGUGGGCUGUAAUCCACUAUCUGAUCAGGAUGAACUGCAUCUUAACACGCUGGAAAAACAUGCCUCGGUGGCGUGUGUGCGAGUCCAUGCUGUUCAGGGGUCCUACCACCACCACAGGCCACCUCUCAGCCCCUCUCCCAUACAGUCCCACAAUGCACUUCUGCACCUCAACGUCUCAGACCAGGAUUACUGCGAACUGGAUCGCAACAUCCUGCAACUCUGUGGUGAGCUCUUUGACCUUGAUGCAGCCUCUCUCCAGCUCAAAGUCAUCAAUUAUCUGCAGCAGCAGACUCAGUCGCAGUGUUGUUGUUUGCUCCUGGUGUCAGAGGACAACCACCAGCUUUUCUGCCAGGUGGUCGGAGACAAAGUCCUGGAGGAGGAGAUCAGCUUCCCGUUGAUGUUUGGACGCUUUGGUCAGGUUGUUGAGAAGAAGAAGUCAAUUACUCUGCAGGACAUCAGUGCUGAGGAGCGUAGGCAGCUGUCCAGCAUGUUGGGCUGUGAGAUCUCCUCCAUGCUUUGUGUACCAGUGGCCAGCAGGGCCACCGGUCAGGUGGUGGCACUAGCAUGCGCCUUCAACAAACAGGGCGGACAGAGACACACGGAGGCAGAUGAGCAUGCAAUCCAGCACUGUUUCUGCUACACUUCAACGGUCCUCACUUCAACUUUGGCCUUCCAGAAAGAACAGAAACUCAAAGUGGAGUGCCAGGCGCUCUUACAAGUGGCCAAGAAUCUCUUCACACACUUGGAUGAUGUGUCAGUGCUGUUACAGGAAAUUAUAGUUGAAGCCAGGAACCUCAGCGAUGCAGAGAUCUGUUCAGUGUUCCUGCUGGAUCGGCUCAGUCAUGAGUUGGUGGCGAAGGUGUUUGACGGUGGUGUGGUUAGUGAUGAAGAGAAGGAGUUUCGUAUUCCAGCAGAUCAGGGUAUUGCAGGUCACGUGGCGACCACUGGUCAGAUCCUGAACAUUAAGGACGCCUACUCCCAUCCUCUCUUCUACCGCGGUGUGGACGACAGCACCGGCUUUAGGACCCGCAACAUUCUCUGCUUCCCCAUCAAAGAUGAGAACAACGAGGUGAUCGGGGUGGCUGAAUUGGUGAAUAAAAUGAAUGGCCCGUGGUUCAACCGAUUUGAUGAGGACCUGGCCACAGCUUUUUCCAUCUACUGUGGUAUCAGCAUCGCCCAUUCUCUGCUCUACAAGAAAGUCCAUGAAGCCCAGUUCAGGUCCCACCUAGCCAAUGAAAUGAUGAUGUACCAUAUGAAGGUUUCAGAGGAAGAGGUGUCUAAGCUACUGGUGACGGGGAUCGAACCGGUGAAGGAGAUCCACCCUUGCUAUGCUGAGUUUACAUACACACCUCGCUCGCUACCUGAUGACAACACGCCCUUGUGUAUCCUCAGCAUGUUUGAAGACAUGGGUUUCAUCAACACAUACAAGAUUGACCUGCACACUCUCGCCAGGUUCUGUCUGAUGGUGAAGAAAGGAUACAGGGACCCUCCUUACCACAACUGGAUGCACGCCUUCUCUGUCACACAUUUCUGCUACCUGCUCUAUAAAAAUCUAGGGCUGUCCAACUACCUCGAGGAUAUAGAGAUUUUGGCUCUCUUUGUCUCCUGUAUGUGCCAUGACCUGGACCACCGUGGCACCAACAAUUCUUUCCAAGUCGCCUCGAAAUCUGUCCUGGCUGCUCUCUACAGCUCAGAGGGAUCUGUAAUGGAGAGACAUCACUUUGCCCAGGCCAUCGCCAUCCUGAACACUUUUGGCUGUAACAUAUUUGAGAAGUUCUCCAGGAAGGACUACCAGCGUGUGCUGGAUUUGAUUAGAGACAUCAUUCUGGCUACCGACCUGGCUCACCACCUUCGCAUUUUCAAGGACCUGCAGAAGAUGGCUGAUGAUGGAUACAAUCCAAAAAGCCAUAACCACCGCUCCAUGCUGCUGUGCCUGUUGAUGACAUCAUGUGACCUGUCAGACCAAACCAAGGGCUGGAAAACCACACGCAAGAUUGCCGAGCUGAUUUAUAAAGAGUUUUUCUCUCAAGGAGAUCUGGAAAAAGCCAUGGGGAACAGGCCCAGCGAGAUGAUGGACAGAGAGAAAGCAUACAUCCCAGAACUACAGAUAAGCUUCAUGGAACAUAUCGCCAUGCCCAUUUACAAGCUGCUUUCUGAACUGUUUCCUGGAGCCACUGAGCUGUACGAGAGAGUGGCGGCAAAUCGGGAGCAGUGGACCAAAGUGUCCCACAAGUUCACCAUCCGUGGGUUGCCUAGCAACAACAGCCUAGACUUCCUGGACCAGGAAUACGAGCUACUGCAGUCCCAGGGUGCAUUUGGGAGCGAUGACCACUGCCUCAACGGUUGCCUUGAUGAUGCAGAAGGAGGGAGGGGUCAGUGACACCAGCCAGCUUCUGACAGUUUCUUGAAGUUUUCUGUGGUCCAAUAAGAGGCUGAGGAUACCUUUUUAGCGACCCAAGAGGGAGGGAUCUCUCUGCUGUCAAUCACUUAGAUGCUUAGCAGGCCAUGAAGAAUGCACAGGACAAAGUUUCAAACUAAUUGAAUCAGACAAGUGAUUUGAAACGAGUGGAUCCUCUGAGCCGGUUCAGUGAUUAGAUGCUACAUGUUGCUUGUGUCUCCAGUUCAGGAAAGCAGAAGGUGGUGACUUUAUCUUUUUCAGUAGCUACACUGGAAAAAUAAGCUUUUACCACAAGUCACAAGUUCAUUCUUACGGUAUUGAUCCUAAAAACGAUUGUAAAAACACACAUACAAUGACUUACAUAUGUACAUGCACAUACUGUGUAGAAACACAACAGAGAAAAAAACUAUUCAUUCUUAUGGAAAAAGACUACUUCAACAUGUAACAGUGAGAUAAAGUGCUAUACUUUCUGUAAAAUGUUUCAUAAUAGCUUAUAUUGAUUUAAAUGGCUCGGCUUUGUUCACACACAAGCAGCUGCCAUAGUCCCUCACCUGAUGCUUAUGAAUGCAUGCUGUAUGGACACCUCAUGUAUUAUUCCUUUUAUCUUUGUCAUUGUUCAUUUCUUCAUGGCUAAGAAACUGGUGCAGUCCAUUUUUAUACCAUCAGAACAGAUUUUUGUAUUCAGCUCUUCAAAGUAUAUUUAACAAAUUCAUGAUGUCCAUGAAGUUGUACAGGGGAGGCUUACACAUUUACUUACACAGCGUUAUAACCCUCAUCUGUAUUUAUUCACUUUACCUCAUUUUGGGGGUGUUUAUGGGACAAUUUGACAAUCACUGAUCAAUGACAGAGUCCCACAGAUCCCUGGUUAAAACACAUAAUCCAAUUAAGUAACCAUUAAAAAUACACAUACAUCCCUGCAUAUUAACUGCAUGUCACUGCAUCUAGUGUGCAUCUACAGCUCACAACCUAAAACACACAUUCUCGGUUUAGUUUUCUCAGCCAUCCUUCUCACUCCCUCGCACCCUUCUCACUUCAUUUUUUCUUUUUAACUUCCUCAUACACCACAUUAGAUAGAGAGCAACCGAAGCCCUUUAAAACAUCCAUCUCAUCUGUUUGUGUAAAUGUGCCAGAGUAGAGCGUGUUAUAUGGAGUGUGUCACUGAGUGUGUCAUAUGGAUCUGCCUUAUUGCGCAUCUUUGCUGCCUUUCUUAGAGCUUUUAAUAUAUGAAAAUUGAAAUAAAGAGUCUGUUUAGUAUGUAUGUUGUAUAUUUGUUAUAGACAUAGUUUGAGUAUCAGUGUGUUGAGUGAAUGAUCACCAUGCUCAGAAGAUGUAUAUUUGUGAAAUACCUGUGUGGAGACCUCAGAUCUCAUGUCACUUCACUUCUUAAGUUAUGUAUACAACCACAGGUGGAUAUUAGGCAGACACGUCAACCUUUUUUUUAAGUUUUCAAUGCACUCAGAAAUUGUUUUAAAGAAGGAACUAGAGAUGUAGCCAUUGUAGAAAAGACUCUUUCAGUUCACUAUUGCUGCAUCCCAAAGGAAAUGUUUGGAAAAUUAGAGUUAAGUUUCAGAUUGUGCCUCAUGUUAAAAUGUUUUGUCCAUGGGGUUCUGUGUUACAAUAUGACAUACUCAGUUUUAGCUUACAAUGUUUAAUAUAGGAAAUGCUGCAGAGUUAGGGUGAGAUAACCACAGAAUAGUUACAUGAAGAGAAACUUCUGUAAUGGAUACCACUGUACUGUAUGUAGGCUGAUGCUUGGUGAGAGUGAGUGGGUGGAUGUGUGGGUGUGUGUAGAGAGAGAGAGAGGGAGAGAGAGGGAGAAAGAGAGAGAGAGAGAGAGAGAGAGAGAGAGAGAGAGAGAGAGAGAGAGAGAAAGGAGUGGAGGUAGUUGGUUUAAGACCAAGAGAGAAAUGUUUGGUCUAACCAGUCCUUCCACUGCUGGUGUUGAUAGCGAUGAUGCAGACAUAAACCUCAACAGGUCUCUUAGAAUUUCUUCACUAAUGUCCCCUUUUAUGCUAGUGGAGGUAGAUGAAAGCAAAAAUGUUGCAAUCAUAGGAUUUAAAUAUCUAAUGUUUUCAUGAAAGGGCCUCAGGACGGUGCUUUAGGGAGGAAGGUUAAUUGGUAAGCAAAGUGGUUUGAUGUAUGUGCUACACAGAGUGUACAUUGGGAUAUGCAUUAGUGCGAUUGGAUGAAAUCGUUUGAUCUGCCUUGGUCUGCUUCGUGGACUGAAUAUUUUUUUACGAUAAAUUUCUUAAAGGGCAUACAGAAGUGUUUGUAGAAGAGCCUCUCCCUCUCUCUCUUUCUCAAGCUCUUUCUCUCACGUGUGCGUUUUCACAUUUCUAUUAUUUUUAAACCACUGUUUCAUAUGUACCUGCCUUUUUCAUGUGCAAUAUGAAGUGUCUGCCUCUGUGAUGUUGCAUAGAUUCCUAUGUAAAUACCUAUGCCUCUUAUUAAAUUAUUACUUCAGUUCUGAGUUCCCAAAGGCAUUUCAGUGUUAGAUUCAUGAUGUUUCCAUUGAAAAAAGUUCAAAUGCCUGUGAUCAUUUUAAUCCUAAAAUGCUUUUGAGAGUCCAGACCUAGUAUACUGACCUAGUAUACCUACCUUUUCUAUACUGAGUGUGUAUCUUUCCCUUUAUGUUUGUUUUAGAGAGUCAGGGCUAAAUGUGCCAAGCAAACAUUGUGAAAAACAGAUAUACAUACAUACAAUUAUUUUUUUGUUCUCUAAUGUUAGAGUGAAGUUGAGGGCUGUGUUCGUAUAAAACUUUUCUGAUACAGGUCUGAAAAUUACGGCUCACCCAGAAAGUAUGAAACCCAUCUAUUUCCCAUCAUCACAGAACAACACGGCUCUUGCCUGUGAUGUAAUGUCAUUGUAAUGAUCACCUGUGACAUAACUGUUAAAAGUGGCAAAAAUAUAAUUGCUGUAAAUAUCAAAGUUUUAAAAGAAAAUGUUACUUGAUUGUCUGUCAUUAUUACAUUAUUACAAUGGGAAGUAUUUCAAUUCUGUAAUGUAUUUAAAGUGGUUGCAUCCUGUUCUCGUUUUUUUUUCUUUCUUUUUUUCAUGCCAUUUUUGAACAACCCCAAAUUUAGACUUUUAGACAGAGGGGAUGAAAGAAAACGUUAUGUGUAUUUAGGAUAUACAUAUGAUAUUCUACCACAAAGGAGAACCCAAAAUAAUCUGAGAUGUAUACAUGAUGCUUAUACGUGAGGACUAAAUUCAGUCAUCUGUUAAUUAUUUGUUUUGUUGAGUUAUGAGUGCUGGUGGUCUUGUUUUUAUUCAAAUGUAAUGAAAAGGACAUUUUUGACAAGACAAAUGGAUGAAGUUUUAAUUUUUCUUUCUUGGAAUAAAUCUGGUGAAAAGCU